GAAGUCUUCCAUGUGCAUUAGGAUAAAUACUAGCAUCAUUUGUGGUGCAGAGUAACAGCGUCUGCCAACUUGAGUUGAACUUGAAAGUAAUCAUGGGUUCUUUCAAAAUAGUCUCCACAUUCCUUUUGGUCCUCCUACAUUUCCCAUCUUUUCACCCCAAAUGUGGAGCUUCAGCUUCUGCUGAAGAGGCUGCUGCUCUUUUGAAAUGGAAAGCCAGUUUUCAGAACCAGAACAACAGCUUCCUAACCUCAUGGAACCUUCAAUCCAUCAACGCCAAAAAGUCGUCUGUCCUUCCUUGCACUUGGGCUGGUAUUUCCUGCAUUGACGGAAGAGUCAACAGAUUGAACCUUUCAGAUUGGAGCAUUGAAGGUAGCCUCUAUGAUUUCCCAUUCUCAUCCCUCCCAAAUCUUGAAUAUCUUGAUCUCAGCCAGAAUCAGAUCUUUGGCAGUAUACCUAAACAAAUAGGUAACUUGUCGAAGCUCAGUUAUCUUAAUUUCUAUGCUAAUGAAUUGUCACAAGAAAUCCCGCCUGAAAUUUGCAACUUGAGAAACUUGACUCAUUUAGAUUUUGAAAGUAAUCAACUUUCAGGUCCCAUUCCCGUGGCGAUGGGGAAUCUGAUCUCACUUCAAUUUCUUUCCUUGUGUCAAAAUAAUCUUACUGGUGCAAUUCCAAAGUCACUGGGCAAUUUAACCAAUUUGAUUAUACUAUAUCUCUAUGAAAAUCAAAUUUCAGGUUCAAUUUCCAAAGAAAUUGGAGAUUUGAAAUUUCUUACCCAUAUGGAAUUAGGUGAGAACCAACUCAAUGGUUCCAUUCCUGUUUCAAUUGGAAAUUUGAGUAAUUUGAUUGAACUGGAUCUCUCUGACAAUCAAUUUAAUGGUUCAAUUCCUGUUUCAAUUGGUAACUUGAAUAACCUGGAAAAACUGUUUCUCCCAAACAAUCAAUUUUCUGGUACCAUUCCACAAGAGAUUGGAAACCUGAGUAAGUUGGUUAAUUUGCAAUUGUUUAGAAAUCAGUUGUCCGGUCCAUUGCCGGAACUAUUAUGUCAAAGUGGAAUUCUCCAAAAGAUUUCUGUAGCUGAGAACAUGCUUACUGGUCCAAUCCCUAAAAGCUUGCAAAACUGCUCAAGCUUAGUUAGGGCCCGUUUUGAUGGUAACCGUUUCCAAGGAAACUUAUCAGAAAUGUUUGGAAUCUAUCCAGUCCUGGAUUUCAUUGAUCUUAGCAAUAACAAAUUCUAUGGGAAACUCUCCAGCAACUGGGGUAACUGCAAAAUACUGAAAACUCUUGUAGUUGCAAAGAACAACAUCACGGGUGGUAUACCUCCAGAAAUUGGAAAUUUGACUCAACUACAUACACUUAAUCUUUCUUCGAAUUAUAUAUCAGGGGAGAUACCGAGAGAAGUUAGGAAGUUAACUUCUUUGCUUAAACUAGAUUUACAUGACAACCAGCUUACUGGUGGUAUACCUCAAGAAUUGGGAGUGUUAAUGGAAUUUCUAGACCUGUCCACAAACUCCUUGAAUGGAACUUUACCAGAACUUCUGGGAGAUUUGAAACACUUGUUUCACAUGAACUUGAGCAAUAACGUUUUAAGUCAAAAGAUUCCAUUGCAGAUUGGGAAGUUAACCCAACUUUCUGAGCUAGAUUUGAGUCAAAAUCUCUUCACAGGAGCGAUACCAUCUGAGUUUCAAAAUUUGCAGAGUUUGGGGACAUUGGAUCUCUCCCGGAAUAACCUCUCUGGUUUGAUCCCAAAGGCUUUGGCAGAUUUGCCUGGUUUAUUGCACAUCAAUCUUUCUUUUAAUAAUUUGGAGGGCCCAAUUCCGAGUGGUAGAGCUUUUGUGAAUCUAACCUUAGAAGAAGUAAAGGGAAAUAAAGGUUUGUGUGGCAAUAUUACAGGGUUACGAGCCUGUGAAAGUUCUCGGUUGAUUAAAAAGCAUGUCAAGGAUAAAAGCAAGGAACUUGUUCUCAUAAUUGUAUUGCCUUUUGUGGGAUCAUUCACACUUCUUGGUGCAUUGUUCGGUACUCUCAAAUUGUAUGAUCGGAGAAAAAGAAAUUCGAGAGCGGAAGAUAUGGAGGUGAAGAAGGGCGGUUUAUUUGCCAUAUGUGCUUAUGAUGGCAAAGCAUUGUAUAAAGAAAUCGUGAGGUCUACAGAAGAGUUCAGUGAAACAUUUUGCAUUGGGAAAGGAGGUUGUGGAAGUGUUUACAAAGCACAGCUUCCAUCAGGCGAGGUAGUAGCUGUAAAGAGACUUCAUAACGUACCCAAUGUGGGAAAGGAUAAAAGUUUCUUGAAUGAGAUCAGGGCCUUGACAGAAAUCAAGCAUCGGAACAUUGUGAAACUCUUUGGCUUCUGCUCAAAUGCUCAGCAUUCAAUUUUGGUUUAUGAGUACCUCAAAAGAGGAAGCUUGGCCAAAAUCUUGAGCAUAGAAGAAGCAGCUAAGGAACUAGACUGGCAAAAGAGGCUGAAUAUCAUCAAAGGCGUCGCUCAUGCUUUAUCUUACAUGCAUCAUGAUUGUUCACCACCAAUUGUACACCGAGACAUAUCAAGCAACAACAUUUUGCUUGAUCCAGAAUGUGAGGCUCACGUUUCAGAUUUUGGCACUUCCAAGUUUCUCAGAAGAGACUCAUCUAACUGGAGUUCUCUUGCAGGCACAUAUGGAUAUGUUGCACCGGAAUUUGCCUACACAAUGAAAGUUAACGAAAGGUGUGACGUUUAUAGCUAUGGGGUCCUGACAGUGGAAGUACUCAAAGGAAAGCAUCCUGGCGACUUGAUUGCUAAUCUAAUGUCUUCAAAGCUUGAAGACAUAGAAUUAAAAGACUUGCUAGACCAAAGACUUCUGUAUCCCAAUCAACAAAUUGAAAAGUGUCUGAUGUCCAUUCUCAAACUAGCAAGAGAAUGUCUACAUGUUGAUCCUCAAUGUAGGCCAACAAUGCUCAUUAUUUCCAGGUUGAUAUCUACAUGUUGAUCCUCAAUGUAUCUUGCCUCCUAUUAAAUGCAGACUGCGGUGCCCCAUCAAUCCCUCCCCCGGCUCUCUCUCUCUUGCUACAUAUCACUAUCAUGCAUCAGCAGAAUGGAAUUUUUCUUUUCUUUUUUUAAUUUUUCUUAUCACAUUGGAUGAUAAGGACGAAUUAUUUGCAUCUGGUGAAUUUGAUAAAAGAAUAACACCAAGUUGCAGACAAAAACUAAUCUUACGUUUGCACUUUCAAUUUCUGCUUAGGAAAUUUCGAAACUUUCAAUAAGAGACUAAAAUGGCCUAAAUGGACCCUUGCUUUA